GAAGAAGGAAGUCACAUGCUUAGCUCUAAACUGAAACUUAACAGACAUUGUUUGUACAGUGAAAUGGCGGAGGCUGCUCUGGCACUCUGCUGUCCGGUCUGUCUGGAUGUUCCCAGGAAUCCCGUGACCAUUCCCUGUGGACACAGUUACUGUAAGAGCUGUAUUACAGACUGCUGGGAUCUGGAAGAUCAGAAGAGUGUCUACAGCUGCCCUCAGUGCAGACAGACCUUCAGUCCAAGACCUGCUCUCAAAACAAACACAAUGCUAGCAGAUCUGGCAGAGAAACUGAAGAAUCUGGUGCCUGAAGUCUCUCUCUGUUACGCUGAGCUCGAUGAUGUGCCGUGUGAUGUCUGCACAGGGAGAAAAUGCAAAGCUGUGAAAUCUUGCUUGGUGUGUGUGGUGUCCUUCUGUGAGCUCCACCUGAAGCCUCACCGUGUGUCUCCAGCAUACGAAGGCCAUAAAUUAGUCACGGCAUCCUGUAAGAUCAAGGAGAUGAUUUGUCCGACUCAUAAGAAGCCGCUGGAGAUUUACUGCAAGACAGAGAAGCAGUUUGUGUGUUUACUCUGUGUCCUGAAGGAACACAGAGAGCAUGACAUUGUGCCUGCUGCAUCAGAAAGACAAUCCAAACAGAGAGAGAUUGAAGAGAUGCAAAGGAACUCGGAAAAGAGAAUUCAGAGAAGAGAGAGUGAAUUAACCAAACUCACAACAUUAAUGGAGACAAUCCGAAGCUCUGCCCGGGAAGCAGUGGACGACAUGGAGAAACUCUGUAUUGAGCUGACAGACUGCAUUAAAGCCCAAAGCCUUGAGAUCACACAUCUGAUCAGAGCUCAGGAGGAGACCACCAUCCGUCAGGCUGAGUCAGUUCAAGAGCAGCUCCAGCAUGAGAUUUCAGAGAUUCAGCAGAGAGAUGCUGACCUUCAGAUGCUUUUACGUUCUGAGGACGACUUCCUGUUCCUCCAGAGUAUUAGGUCUCUGUCAAAUCCUCCAAUGUGUGAAAAUUCACCCAGAGUUAAUUUGAGUCAUCACGGCUUCUUUGGACAUGUGAGGAAAUCGGGCUCUGAGAGAAAAAACAGAAUAAUGGCUUUACUUGAAGAGAGUCACGUGCAGUUAUCGGAGAAAGUUCAAAAAGUUCAGAUUUUCCUGCCUCUCCACCCCAAGCACCGAGAAGAUUUCUUGCAGUAUUCCUAUAACUUGACACUGGACCUCAACACGGCUCAUAACAAUCUUCAUUUUUCGGAGGGAAACACCAAACUCACGUGGGGUACAGUACAGUCAAAUCCAGAUCGCCCAGAGAGAUUUGAUAGAUGGUGGCAGGUCUUAAACACAGAGGGUUUGACCGGCUGCUGGUACUGGGAGGUGGAGUGGAGUGGCACAGUCGUCAUAGCGGUUUCAUACAAGAGCAUUAACACUAAAGGUCCUGGAAACGAGUGUGGAUUUGGACACAAUGAUCAGUCCUGGUGUUUGUGCUGCACAUCUUCUCAGUACACUUUCUGGCACAGUAACACUGAGACGAAACCCCUUAAAAUUCCCAGCUCAUCUCGAGUAGGAGUGUAUCUGGAUCAUGGUAGAGGAAAUCUGUCCUUCUACAGUGUCUCCAACACCAUGAGCCUCAUCCACAAAGUCCAGACCACAUUCACUCAGCCUGUCUAUCCGGGGUUUGGUUUCAGGCUCGGGUUUUUAGGAUCCAUUCAAGUCUCUCCCAUAGCUUGAAAUAAAAAAAAUACUGAGAUCUACACAACACAGUAAGAUUUUGAAAUGUUUUUUUUAAAGAAGUCUUUUCUGCUUACAAAGCCUGCAUCUAUUUGAUCCAAAAUACAGCAAAAAA